AUGUCCGCACUAAUCCUCAAACGUGCAUCGCAAACCGCGACCAAGAUCACGCGACCCGCCUUCCAACAUUCCAUCCGUAGUCUAGCAACCGUAUCACCAGUCCAAACACCAACCCGCAACCACAAAAUCGUCGUAAUCGGCGGCGGCUCAGCCGGUAUAUCCCUCUCCCACCAACUCCUGCGCAAAGGAAACUUCUCCCAAGACGACAUCGCCAUCAUCGACCCCGCGCAAUGGCACCACUACCAACCCGGCUGGACGCUCGUAGGCGGCGGUCUAAAGAAAAAAGAAGACCUGCGCCGCCCCUUGAAAGACCUCAUGGACCCACGCUUCAAAUUCUACAACAGCGCUGUAGGAAGUUUUGCGCCGGACCAAAAUUACGUCCUGACGAGCAACGGGGAGAAGAUUGGUUAUGAGCAGUUGGUUGUUGUGCCUGGUAUUACGCUUGAUUAUGGGAGUGUUGGGGGGCUGAAGGAGGCGCUAGAGGAGAAAGAUGCUAUGGUUAGCACGAUUUAUGAUUAUAGGUAUUGUGAUAAGGCGUUUGAGAAUGUGAAGAGGUUUAGGAAGGGGGAUGCGGUGUUUACGCAGCCGGCGGGUGUUGUGAAGUGUGCGGGGGCGCCGCAGAAGAUUAUGUGGUUGGCUUUGGAUUAUUGGAAAGAGGCGGGAUUGUAUCCGAAGGAUAUCAAUGUUGCGUUUGCGACGGGGCUGCCGACGAUGUUUGGGGUGCCGAAGUACGCAGCGACCCUCGAAAAACUCCGCGUAGAACGCGGGGUCGAGGGCCUCUUCCAACACGACCUGACCUCCAUCUCCGGCAACACCGCAACCUUCACUUCCCCCAACUCCCCCACCCCAGUGAAAAAACACUUCGACUUCCUGCACGUCGCGCCUAAGAACGUGCCUUGGGGCUUCAUCAAAUCCAGCCCUCUAGCCAACGAAGCAGGCUACGUCUCCGUCUCAGACACCACAACGCAACACACUUCGUACCCCAAUAUCUGGUCGAUAGGCGACGCGUCCUCGCUACCCACCUCCAAGACCGUCGCAGCUAUCACGGCCGAAGCACCGGUACUUGUUUCUAACGUACUGUCUGCGAUGGAGGGCAAGGAGUUGACGGCAGCUUAUGACGGGUAUACGUCUUGUCCUUUGUUGACGGGAAGGAAAGAGGUUCUACUUGCGGAAUUCAAGUAUGGGGGUGUGCCGAAAGAGACGUUUAAUUCGCUUUUUGGGAUUGAUCAGGGGGUGCCCAGGAAGGCGUUUUAUUGGCUCAAGAAGGACUUUUUCCCGUGGGUGUAUGGGAAGUAUCAUGUUAAGGGGGAGUGGGCGGGGCCGAAGGGGUUGGCUAGGUGA